AUGUCAUCAGAAAAGUCAGGCCUCCCGGACUCGGUCCCGCACACCUCCCCGCCGCCCUACAACGCCCCGCAGCCGCCCGCCGAGCCCCCCGCCCCGCCCCCGCAGGCGGCGCCCCCCGCGCACCACCACCACCACCACCACUACCACCAGUCGGGCACCGCCACCCUCCCGCGCCUCGGGGCCGGCGGCCUGGCGGCUUCCGGGGCCUCCGCCGCGCGCGGGCCCUCGUUCUCCGCCACUCUGCCGCGGCCCCCACACCACGCCCCGCCCGGCCCGGCCUCCGGGGCGCCCCCGCCCGGCUGCGCCACCUUGCCCCGCAUGCCACCCGACCCUUACCUGCAGGAGACUCGCUUCGAGGGCCCGCUGCCCCCGCCGCCGCCCGCCGCCGCCGCCCCGCCCCCGCCGGCGCCCUCGCACACAGCCCAGGCCCCCGGCUUCGUGGUGCCGACGCACCCCGGGGCGGUGGGCACGCUGCCGCUGGGGGGCUACGUGGCCCCCGGGUACCCCCUGCAGCUGCAGCCCUGCACCGCCUACGUGCCGGUCUACCCCGUGGGCGCGCCCUAUGCAGGCGGGACCCCAGGGGCCGCGGGAGUCCCCUCCACGCUGCCCGCGCCGCCGCAGGGCCCGGGGCUGGCCCUGCUGGAGCCCAGGCGCCCGCCGCACGACUACAUGCCCAUCGCCGUGCUGACCACCAUCUGCUGCUUCUGGCCCACGGGCAUCAUCGCUAUCUUCAAGGCGGUGCAGGUGCGCACGGCCCUGGCGCGCGGAGACAUGGUGUCGGCCGAGAUCGCCUCGCGCGAGGCGCGGAACUUCUCCUUCAUCUCCCUGGCGGUGGGCAUCGCGGCCAUGGUGCUCUGCACCAUCCUCACCGUCGUCAUCAUCAUCGCCGCGCAGCACCACGAGAACUACUGGGACCCGUGAG